GGCCCACGUGUUCGAUGUAAACAAACUCACGGCCAGCUGGUCUCCUCUUCGUCCUUCAUCGUAAUACUUCAAUGUAAUAACUAAGGCCUAUUUCACUAUAAAGGAGGUACCGAGACACCUUCAAACUAUCAGUCACAAUGGAGUCUGCUAAGUCAAACAACAACAAGCUGCCCUCCAACCUGCCACAGCUGCAGAACCUGAUCAAGCGUGACCCAGCAUCCUACAGGGAGGAGUUUGAACGGCAGCACUCAGUCUAUCAGGCCUGUGUCAUCUUUGAGCAGAAUCCCACUGUAUACAAUAAUGAUCUGCACCAGGUUGUUACAUUCUUGUCUCAGGUGGCCCAGUGUUACCCAGAUAAGCUGUGUGGGUUCCCUCAGGAACUGUCUGUGUUACUCAAGCGACACAGCACAGUCCUCCACCAUGAGAUGCGUAUGUCCUUUGUCAAGGCUCUCAUGCUGCUGAGGAACAAAAACCUGCUCUCCCCAACUGAUCUACACAUGCUCUUCUUCCAACUCCUUCAGUGUCAGGACAAAAACUUGCGCAAGUUUCUGAAGCAGCACAUUGUGACUGACAUCAAGAACAUCAACGCUCGGAGCAAGAAUGCAAAGCUGAACAAGGAGCUGCAAAAUUUCAUGCAUGAGAUGCUUUCCUCCAAACAUGCAGUGGCUGCCAAGACUUCCCUGGAUGUGAUGAUUGAGCUGUACCAUAAGAAGGUGUGGAAUGAUGCCAAGACAGUCAACACCAUCGUCACUGCUUGCUUCUCCAAGGUGACCAAGAUCAUGGUGACAACCCUUAAGUUCUUCAUUGGCCGGGAUGAGGAGGAAGGUGGUGAGGAGAGUGACAGCAACAGUGACUCUGAUGAGGAGGAGAAGAAGAGUGUGAAGGCAACCAUGAUGGCAAUGCGUGUGAACAAGAAGACCAGAAAGAAGCAGAAGAAGAUUGACAAAGCUAAGGCAGCAGUCAAGAAGUCCCAGAAGGAUAAGAAGACUAAGGAGAAUUUUGAUUUCUCAGCACUGCACUUGAUACACGACCCACAGAGCUUGGCGGAACGACUCUACCACCGCCUGGAAAAGAUGAAUGAGCGUUUUGAAGUCAAGCUGAUGACCAUGAACUUCAUAUCCAGGUUGAUUGGCAUUCAUCAACUCUACCUCCCCAAUUUUUAUCCUCUGGUGAAUCGGUUCCUCUUUCCACACCAGCGGGAAGUCACCAAGGUCAUGGUCUUUGCUGCUCAAGCUGCACAUGCACAAGUGCCCCCCGAUGACCUCAGCCCAGUACUAAGAACACUGGCGGACAACUUUGUGACGGAACGCUAUUCCAGUGAGGUGAUGGCCAUGGGACUUAAUGCCAUCAGGGAGUUAUGUGCCAGGAACCCAUACUGCAUGUCUGGUGAUCUCCUGCAGGACCUGACACAAUACAAGACCCACAAAGACAAGGGAGUGAUGAUGGCUGCACGCUCGCUCAUUGCUCUCUUCAGGGACAAGAAUCCAGAAUUGCUUUUCAAGAAGGACCGAGGUGCCCCGACAGAACUGGGAGCAGAAAAGCGACAGGAGAACUUUGGUGAAAACCGUGCCGUUGAUUACAUACCUGGGGCAGAAAUUCUGGCCUUCAAGACAGAUGGGGAUGAGGGAUUGGGAACCAGCGAUGAAGAGAGUGAUGACAACUGGGUCGACAUGGAUGAUGACAGUGACGAUGACGAAAGUAAACCCGACACCAAGGAAAAGAAACAAGGCAAAGAUGGAGAUGGUGAGGAAGAUGAUGACAAAGAUGAUGAAGAGGGGAAAGAAAAAGUAUUCACUGCCAAGGAAGCUCUCCAGGAAGUCAUGAAACUUACAGCAGAGGAGCGUGCACAGAAAGCGGCCGACAUUGCCUGCUCGAGAUUCCUCACCGAUGAAGACUUUGCACGAAUCGCAGCAACACAAGCAGCAAAACGGGUUGAGAAAUUCACCAAGAACAGCAAAAAGAAACGGGGAAAGAAAAGGAAAGCUCCAGAUGAUGCAGAGAUCAGCAGGUCAGGGGAACUGGUUCCUCUGAAGAACAUAGAGAUGAUCUACAAGAAGCGGAAGCAUGACAAGGACACAAGGAUGGAAAGUGUGGCCUCGGGCAGGGAAGGACGGGAAAAGUACGGCAUGAAAAAGGGCCGUAUGAACCCUAAUGCUUCCACCACUAACAGGGAGAAGGUCAAGGGCAAGAGCUUCAUGAUGCUCAAACAUAAAGUGGCAGGCAAACAAAAACAAUCCUUCAGGACCAAACAAAUGAAACUACGGAAUUCACUACUGAAGCAAAAGAAGUUUCGUUAGGUAAAGCUUAUAUUGUUUUAAAUUAUAUUACACAUCCUUUUUUCUUUCUUUUUUUGUGAUCACAACUGUGUUUUGUGAAAUUAAAAUACUGUUGAAAAGUGUGACCUGUUUUGUUUAUUGGCAGAGUUUCAAUACAGUUAGACUAGUAAUAAAAAGCAAAGUAAUGA